GUUCAACGUGGCUAAUUGGAGACUAAACAUCGUGCAACACCAAGGAAUACAGUGAAAACAAAAGAAAAUUAAAGGAUUAAGUGCAUAGUCCUGUGCCAAAUUUGGUGCAAGGAUAUUCAGUGCAGUGCAGUGAUAAAUAAAUGAAAUGUGAACACAUUCAAAUCUGCUAUCGAUUGCUUUGAUUUAGUGCUGCCAACAAAAGCCUCACCAUGACGGAAACAGAUGCCGAGAAGGCGAUUGGCUCUCGCCUCGAUUAUGAUCUGAUGAUGGCCGAGGAGUAUAUGCUCAGUGAUGUGGAAAAGAAUUUCAUCUUAUCCUGCGAACGUGGAGAUUUGCCGGGUGUGAAAAAGAUUCUUGAGGAAUACAAUGAUACACCUUCCGACAAGUUUAACAUCAACUGCACGGAUCCCAUGAACCGCUCAGCGCUCAUUUCGGCCAUUGAGAAUGAGAACUUCGAUUUGAUGAUCAUAUUGUUGGAGAACAAUAUCGAAGUGGGUGAUGCUCUAUUGCAUGCCAUAUCUGAGGAAUAUGUGGAGGCUGUAGAGGAGCUAUUGCAAUGGGAGGAAACACAUCACAAGGAAGGCGAGCCAUAUAGCUGGGAAUCGGUGGAUCGCUCGAAGUCCACAUUCACUAUUGACAUAACGCCAUUGAUUCUGGCUGCACAUCGCAACAAUUAUGAGAUACUUAAGAUCUUGUUGGACCGUGGUGCAACGCUGCCCAUGCCGCACGAUGUCAAGUGCGGUUGUGAUGAGUGUGUGACAUCGCAGACUACAGACUCACUGCGACAUUCUCAGUCACGUAUCAAUGCCUAUCGAGCUCUUUCGGCUAGUUCACUAAUUGCUCUCAGUUCACGUGACCCUGUGCUGACCGCUUUUCAACUGUCUUGGGAACUGAAGCGUCUGCAGGCCAUGGAGUCGGAGUUUCGUGCAGAAUAUACGGAAAUGCGUCAAGCUGUACAAGAUUUUGUCACGUCACUCUUGGAUCACGCACGCACCUCCAUGGAGUUGGAGGUGAUGCUUAACUUCAAUCAUGAGCCAUCACAUGAGAUUUGGUGUCCCGGCCAGCGACAAACGUUGGAGCGUCUUAAACUAGCCAUUCGCUACAAACAGAAGACGUUUGUGGCACAUCCAAAUGUGCAACAACUUUUGGCUGCCAUUUGGUACGAAGGCUUGCCUGGCUUUCGACGCAAACAAUCCUCGCAGCAGCUCAUGGAUGUCAUCAAACUAGGCUGCAGCUUUCCCAUUUACAGUUUAAAGUACAUUCUAGCUCCAGAGUCAGAUGGUGCCAAGUUCAUGCGCAAACCGUUCGUCAAGUUUAUCACACACUCCUGUUCCUAUAUGUUCUUUCUAAUGUUAUUGGGUGCUGCUUCGUUGCGUGUGGUGCAAAUUACAUUUGAAUUGCUGGCUUUUCCUUGGAUGUUGACCAUGUUGGAUGAUUGGCGGAAACACGAACGCGGCUCACUACCAGGACCUAUUGAGUUGGCCAUAAUUAUGUACAUAUGCGCUUUAAUAUUUGAAGAACUCAAGUCUUUAUACGCCGAUGGUUUAUUCGAGUACAUCAUGGAUCUUUGGAACAUUGUGGAUUACAUAUCAAAUAUGUUCUAUGUCACUUGGAUACUCUGUCGAGCCACCGCUUGGGUUAUAGUGCAUCGCGAUCUGUGGUUCAGAGGAAUCGAUCCGUAUUUUCCACGUGAGCAUUGGCAUCCCUUUGAUCCCAUGUUGCUAUCGGAAGGCGCUUUUGCUGCCGGCAUGGUCUUCUCUUACCUGAAGCUGGUGCACAUCUUCUCAAUCAAUCCGCAUUUGGGACCGCUGCAAGUUUCUUUGGGUCGCAUGAUCAUCGAUAUUAUAAAGUUCUUCUUUAUCUACACGUUGGUGUUAUUUGCCUUUGGCUGCGGCUUGAAUCAAUUGCUCUGGUAUUAUGCAGAGUUGGAGAAGAACAAAUGUUAUCACUUGCAUCCCGAUGUGGCGGACUUUGAUGACCAGGAAAAGGCCUGCACCAUUUGGCGUCGUUUCUCCAAUUUGUUUGAGACAUCGCAAUCGCUAUUUUGGGCCUCUUUUGGUCUGGUGGACUUAGUGUCCUUCGAUUUGGCUGGCAUCAAAAGCUUCACCCGCUUCUGGGCGCUGCUGAUGUUUGGAUCGUAUUCCGUAAUCAAUAUUAUUGUGUUGCUCAACAUGUUGAUUGCCAUGAUGUCGAAUUCGUAUCAAAUCAUUUCGGAACGCGCCGACACCGAAUGGAAAUUCGCACGCUCUCAGCUUUGGAUGAGUUACUUUGAGGAUGGUGGCACCAUUCCACCACCCUUCAAUCUCUGCCCCAAUAUGAAAAUGUUGCGCAAAACUCUUGGCCGCAAGCGACCAUCUCGCACCAAGAGUUUCAUGCGCAAGUCAAUGGAGAAGGCACAGACGCUGCAUGACAAAGUGAUGAAGCUGCUAGUGAGACGCUAUGUUACCGCCGAGCAGCGACGCCGUGACGAUUACGGCAUCACCGAGGAUGAUAUCAUUGAGGUGCGCCAGGACAUCAGUUCCCUGCGUUUCGAACUGCUGGAGAUUUUUACCAAUAACAGCUGGGAUGUUCCCGACAUUGAAAAGAAGACUCAUGCCGCUGCCCGCACCACCAAGGGCAAGGUAAUGGAACGUCGUAUAUUGAAGGACUUCCAGAUCGGCUUUGUAGAGAAUCUGAAGCAGGAAAUGAAUGAAAGCGAAAGUGGACGCGAUAUAUUCUCAUCACUGGCCAAGGUCAUUGGCAGAAAGAAGACUCAAAAGGGUGACAAGGACUGGAAUGCAAUUGCCAGGAAGAACACAUUUACUGCCGAUCCGAUUGGUUCGAAGCGUUCUUCAAUGCAACGUCACAGCCAGCGCAGCUUGAGGCGCAAGAUCAUUGAACAGGCGAACGAAGGUCUACAAAUGGAUCAGAACCAACUGAUAGAAUUCAAUCCGAACUUGGGCGAUGUAACGCGAGCUACCCGAGUUGCCUACGUCAAGUUCAUGCGCAAGAAGAUGGCAGCCGAUGAAGUGUCACUGGGCGACGACGAGGACAAACCCAAGGACGAAGAGCCGAAAAAACCGGAAACUACUGGAUCGAAAAAAGCAACUACUGGCGCAGGUGGUGGAGCUUCUAUGUUGGCAGCAGCUGCUAUUCGCGCUUCUGUUAAGAACGUUGAUGAGAAAGCCGGCGAAGGUGGUAAAAAAGAUGAAAAGAAACCCGGCGAUGAUAAGGACAAAGAUAAGGAUAAGGAUAAGAAAACUACAGAUGAUAAAAAACCAACUGAUGCUAAGAAAUCAACAGAUGACAAAAAACCAACGGACGCUAAUAAACCGAAUGGAAAGCCUCAACAACCACAGCAGCAACAACAACAACAACAGCCUGGUGGCGGUGCUAAGCCAGCUGAACAAAAACCAAUGCCGCCCGCUAAUAAGCCACCUACUACUACAGCAAAUGGCGCUAAAUCCAACGGUGAACAGAAACCUGGCGAUGCUGGUAAGCCCAAUGCACCUGCUCCGCCCAGCAAGCCCACAGAUGCUAAGCCAGCAGCGCCCAAGCCAAGCGAAACCGCUAAGCCAGAAGCAGCUGCCAAGAAGGAGGAGGCAGCCAAAAGCGAGGCGGCAAAGCCACCAGCAGCUGCUGGAGCAGCGGCCAAGAGUGCAGCACCCUCAGCACCCACCGAUGCCAAGCCGGAUACCACAACGAAAGCAACAGCCACCACAACGCCGAACGGCACCAAGGCGGCAAAUGAAACUAAGGGUGGGGCGAGUCAGCCAGCCAAGCCGGAUGAUAAGAAGAAUGGACAAGAGCAGAAAGCAAGCGAUGAUAAGAAAGAAAAGGACGGCAAGGACAGUGGCAAUGGCAAACCGGGCGAGACCAAGUCCAAGGAAGACGGCAGCAAGCCAGCCGAUGGCAAGCAGCCAAGUGAUGCCAAAAAAGAUGACAAAAAGGAUGACAAAAAAGAAGAGGACAAGAAGCCAGGCGAUGAUAAGAAACCAGCUGCGGCACCACUCAAACCCGCCAUCAAGGUGGGUCAAAGCAGUGCUGCGGCGGGUGGCGAGCGAGGAAAAUCCACAGUCACGGGCCGCAUGAUCUCGGGCUGGCUGUAGAUCCAGAUCAGGCCAAAGAUAAUUUAUGCAUAGAUUUUAUAGUAGAUCAACUGAUGUAAGUAAAUCAAAUUUGUGUGAACAAUAAAAGCGAAUGUUAAACAGACAGAAAA